AUGGGAGCUCCAGAAUUUCAUCCUUCUCCAGCACACAGUCCUUCCCUUUCUACAGGCAGCUGGUCCUCCAUCGCUAGAAAAAACUCUCCAUGUACCGAACUUCCAUCCUGGCGACCCGAAAGCUCCCGCUGCGAAUGCGGUCUUACUGUUCAACCCCCAACGCCCGAAUUCAAGCCCUUGAUGACACCCGCCGAGUUGGUGAGCUCGGAAGAGUUCAUCCGAUCCGUCCUCUACUACGCGCAUCAGUUGGAAUCGUUCCAACGCGCCCACUCGAACUUCGAGGAGCUGAAAGAAUACUGGACGCCCGAGGUCUUCGGCAAAAUGGUCAAGAUCAUCGAUUUGGCCGGAUGCACCAAGCUGGACAAUGCACUUCGCGAUUUCCACCAAUCUAUUCGAAACAAUGGCCUCUGGAAGAACUGGAUUGAAGAGGUCGAGGAUUACCCACGAUUCGAGGAGCUUUUGUUGAACGAACUCGCCCAGGUCUUGGAAAACCUUUCGCCGAAGUACCUCAAGGACAUCAAAAUCGAGCACUUGUUGAAGAUCUUCGAUCCCAACUCGGGUGACCGCGCCAGCUGCAUCCAGGGAAAGAAACGGAAGCUCAAGCGACAAGUGCAGAAGUGGAUCGAAACGCAGCCCGACGAGGUCUUGGACGAGCACUGGGAGCAAGUCACCGCCCUCAAGUGGAAGCUGAUGCAAGUUAUCGACAUCAAGGACAAGGAGAUGGAGGAGCGCAACCGAUUCAAGAGCCAGAGCCGGGACUGGCGCCGCAAGACCUCGCCACCACCCGGAAGCCGAGGCUUCUCCCCGUGGAUUCAGCAGCGUCGGCUGGCCCGCUAUCAAGGACGCCUUCGACACCUGUGGCGGAAUGGACAAAGGCAGCUUCAGGGGCGCCUAAGAAGGGAGUGA